AUGCGUGUCACUCACCCGACCACCAUCCACCGCAGAUGUCUUUGCUCUCCAGAGUUAUCCUCGCAUAAGAGAAUAGCGACGUCUGGCAUCGCGGUCGCACACAAUGUCCAACUCAAGCACACGCUAACAGCACCGAAAACCCCGGGCGUCCAAGUCGAGGAGACAUGA